AUGAAAAAUUUAAUGAAUGAUAUUUGCAUCCCAAGAUUGAGGGAUAAAGGUGAAAAAUCCCCAAAGGACUUUUUGGCUUAUGGUGAAGUGGAGCACUUGAACAAGAGUUUGCGGUCAGCGCUAUGUGAAACAGCAGAUACUUUAGCAGCUAUUCAGGACUACAGAAAUGUAGAAGUAGAAAGACUUGAGAGCAGAGUUGUGGGAGAGAUUGCAUUGUAUGGAGGCAUAUGCAAGACUGCCAGAGAGGAGCUGAAGCAAAGCUUUAGUACACGUCAGCAGGAAAUCAGUCAUCGACAAAAUUUGGAAAAAACCAAAAGUCGCUACCCACAAAACAGGCAGCAAAUUACUGAAUUGGCCUUCCAUGCCAAGGCAUUGGAGCUCUAUACCAAAGCUUACACUCACAUCGCCAACAUUGAAGAGGAGGAGGAUCUCGAGGCAUUUCGUAAUGCAAGGGAUGUCUUCGAUGUGGAGUUUCGUAAUGCUUUAAAAGGGAAUGCUGCAGCUAGAGCUGAGGUUGUUGGAGCUGGCCAGGGCUCGUCACUUUCUCCUGUCAUCACUUCCUCACGAGAGAAGAAACAGUCGCAUAAAAAGCGAGACAUGAAGAAAUCCCUGGAGAAGCUGCAAGUUGAGGAUUAUGAAGAAAUCAAUGAAAGCAGCUCAAGUGAAGCAGGUUGAUGAGAGCUACAUGUUGAAUAUUUACAAUUACACUUUUAACACAUUACAGGAUGAAUAUCAGCAAUGAAGCAUUCUUAUUGUAAAAAUGAAUUGCAAAUUUAAUACUGACAGUGAAAAUACAAUUACAAAGUCAAAUCCAGAAAUUCAUCAUAACUAUGCAUAUUUUAUGUAUAUGUAUUCCAUUAAAAUUUAGUACAGUACAGUACAAUGAAAUUUGGAAGUUAUCCAGCUAAGACAAGGCUCGUCACUCAGUGCUAAUAAUUUUUUUACCUCUGCCUAUCGUAAUCAUGAAAAAGAGGCCUACAGAGGGAGAGAAAGAGAGAGAGAGAGGAAACUGAUGCAUGUAGUUCCACUAUAUAAGUCUGUAUGUUCACCCAUUCAAUAUGUUCAGUACCUCUAUGUAUAGCACUGUCACAUUAUAUUUAUGGUUAAGUGUUAAACCCCUUAAUAGUGAGUGUGAUUAAACUUGAGUUUGAGUGUGAGUAGGUUGGGAGGUAAGGAAAGAUAGCAGAGCAAUCAUGUUUUUAUUCAAGACAUUCAAGGGUUUGUACAAUGGGAAGUGUAUACAGUUUGUAUCUUAGUGUGUUUACUGCACAAGGAAAACUUAGGAAUUAAAAUAUCUUUGAUGUUAGAGCUUAAGGAAAUGGUAGCCUUAUAAUGACCCCCUCAUGUUCAUAUGCUUUAAUCCUAACACAUCAACAAAAGCCUUUAUGAACUAGUAACCUGUUUAUGACAAGCAUUUAGAAGUGAUUAAUUAGGCAAGGUACACUUAUACAACAGAAGUUCAUUCUUUUCUAUUUUAUUAAUUUUAAAAUAAAUUACUUAAAGAAGAAAAGUAACUAAACACAUUAAAUGAAAUUAGCAAUAAGUAAUAUUAGGUCAUAAAAUAUAAAACAUAUUUCAUACCAAAGAACCAACAGCCUGCUCCCUCCUUUUCCCUAAUAUUUUAAUUAAAUAAAUGUCUAAAAUCUGAGAUAUUAAAUCGCAAAUUCAAGAAUUGCCCGUCCAUAAAAACUUUCCCCUGAUUUCUCUCUCUUUUUCAUUUAAAAGUUUUUAAAAAUUAGGAACUCUUUAAAAAUUAAAUUAGAUAAUUAACUGGACGCACACUAAUGAAUUAAACGCUGUACUCUGCCUUGGUAGGGCAUCAAUUACUCAGUUCACUAAACUUGACAUUAUACCUUUCUGUAUUUAUUCUCACAAAACUGGGAUACCUAAAUUAUUAUUAAAUUCACAAAUAAGCACAAAAUCUGAAUUAGUCAUGCUGAAUUCAAAGAGAGUUAGACUUGAAAAUUUAUAACUAUGUACUUUAUUGACUGCUUAAUUUUCCACAUAUUUUUAUGGCAACUUACAAUGUGUAUAAUUUAUGUGCUUAUUAAAUAGGGUAAUAUUUUUAGUAAAAAAUGGAUGACAUAUCACAGUACUGUGUAACUGUUAUAGUAGAAAACUGUACUCAAACAUCAAGCUUUAACUUUUUAUCAGAGAUAAUUUAUCCGUCCAUUUUUAUACUGUAUGUCAAUGUUUUGUAAAUGUGAGUUUUCUGAUGUUUAAGGAUUUAAAUGCUGACUAUGAUGGAUGAAAAGCUACACUAAAACACAGUAUAUAAUUUGUGAUUUAUAAUACAACAUUUGAACUUGAA